AUGAGUGUUCAGAACCCCCUGAGACUCCUGAACCUGGCAGGGAAGACCCUACUAACCAAUGAGGCCUUGGCCAUUUCUGCUCUGGAGUAUCUGCCCAUUGAGCUCUUCCCCCGACUCUUCAUGGAAGCAUUCUAUGGAAGGCACAGAAAGACCUUAAAGGCCUUGGUUCAAGCCUGGCCAUUUGUCCGCCUGCCUCUGGGGGGCCUGAUGCAGACGCCUCAUGUGGUAACGUUACAAGCAGUGCUCGAGGGACUUGGUAUCCUGCUCACACGGAAGGAUCGUCCAAGCUCAUCAAUGGUACCAAUGGCUGAGGAUGGGUCAAGGAUUGAGAAGCCCUUGGUUCCCUUCGAGGUGUUCACAGAACUUCACCUCAAGGAAAGAACCAUGAGUGAAUUCCUCACUUACCUCCUAAAGUGGGUAGAGCAGAGAGACCCUUUCAUACAUCUGUACUGUAAGAAGCUGAAAAUGGUUUCAUUUCCCAUGGAUAAUAUUAUGAAGGUCCUGAGCAUGGUGCAACUGGACUGUAUCCAGGAGUUACAUGUGAAUUGCACCUGGCAUCUGUCCACUCUGGCCAUGAUUGCUCCUCUCCUGGGCCAGAUGAGCAAUGUGCAGAAACUGUUUGUCUCCCACACCCACCUGCCUGAUCCUGAGGAGUGGAAUGAGCAGCACACUGUCAAGAUUACUUCUCAGUUCCUGAGGCUGCACCACCUCCAGGAUCUCCAUCUGGAAUCCCGCUUGUACCUUGAAGGCUGCCUGGACCAGAUGCUCAGGUGCCUGAUGAACCCCUUGGACAACCUGUCAAUAAUUCACUGCCUCCUUACAGAUUCAGACUUGACCCAUCUGUCCCAGAGCCCGAACAUCAGUCAGCUAAAGAGCCUGAAUCUGAGUGGGGCCACCAUGACCUACUCUAGUCCUGAGCUCCUCCCAUCUCUGCUGGAGAAAGUUUCAGCCACCCUCCAAGAACUGUACUUAGAGCAAUCUGGGAUCAGGGACUCCCACCUCGAGGCCAUCCUGCCUGCCCUGAGCCACUGCUUCCAGCUCACAUCCUUCAGCACGCAUGGGAACCUCCUCUCCAUGCCCAUCAUGGAGAAGAUGCUGCGACAUAUCUCUGAGCUGCCCAGUUUAGGUCGAGAACUCUACACUGACCCUCAGGAGAGUUUCAGCUCUCUGGGGAUCCUCCAACCUGGGAGACUUGCCCAAUGUCGGGCUGAACUGCUUGAGAUUCUGAAGGACUUAGGAUGCCCCAGGACCAUCUGGAUUUGCUUCACCCCCUGUCCACACCAUGGAGAUAACACAUUCUAUCAUCCUGAGCCCAUCAUAUAUGGCAGUAACAUUCCAGGCUAG